GGGGCAACUGGGAUCACACUGGGGGCACUGGUAUCAGACUGGCAGUGACUGGGAUCAUACUGGGAGUGGCUACAAUCAUACUGGGAUCAGAGUGGGUGUGAUUGGACCCUGACUGGGGGUUACUGGGAGCUACCAGGCUCAUGCUGGGAGCCAACUGGGUCUCCCAGCAGCCUGGGGAGGGCGGGCAACGAGUGGACAGGGCACCCCCAGUCCAAGUGUGACCCCAGCAGCUGGGACAGGGGGGAACCUCCCCGAGCACCUGCGGGAUGGGAGGCGAUGCUCCCGGGGUCCGGAGUUCAGGCAGCGCCGGAGCCGCCCGAUUCCGUUCGUGCUCUGCUCUCGCUGCUUCCUGUUGCCGCUCCGCCUCUUCCUCUCUCCCUCCUCCUCCUCCUCUUCUUCCCCCGGUCCCCGAGCCCUCGCAGCCGGCGGGAGGAGCGGGGAUGGAGCCGGGACAGGAUUUCCCAUUGCCAACCCCAGGGAAGGCUGCAAGGAAGAGGAAGAUGCCCCGGGACACUGAGGCAGGAGCUGAGCAUGGAGAGCAGGGAGGACAAAUGCCCGCGGCAGAACCUGGUGGAAGAGGCCGUUUUGAGCGGCUCCACGGCGCAGGAAGCCAACAGGGAGGAAAAGGCCCGGAGAUGCCGCACGAGGAGGGGCUGCAAACGCAGCUGGCGGCGAUCUGAGCGGGAAAGAGCCAGCCUGGGCCGGGAAGGUGGCCGGAGGUGGAGCCAGAGCUCGGAGCUAGUGCUCCAUGAGCAGCUCCAUGAUGGGGAGAAGCCCCACACAUGCUUGGAGUGUGUGAAGAGCUUCAGCUGGAGCUCCAGCCUGAUCCUGCACCAGAAGACCCACACUGGUGAACGGCCCUAUGAGUGUGGAGAGUGUGGGCUGAGCUUCAGACGGCGCUCUCACCUGAUCAGGCACCAGGUGAUCCACACCAGGGAGAAGCCCUACGAGUGUGGGCAAUGUGGGAAGAGCUUCAGCAGGAGCUCCAGCCUCAUCGAGCACCAGAGGACCCACACUGGAGAGAGGCCGUACGAGUGUGCGGAGUGUGGAAGGAGGUUCAGCCACUAUUCUGCCCUGAUUGUGCACCUAAAGAUCCACACUGGGGAGAGGCCCUACGAGUGUUCCAAGUGUGGCAAGAGGUUUAAGACCAGCUCCUAUCUCCUCCUGCACUAUCGGAUUCACACGGAUGAGAGGCCCUUCCAAUGCCCUGAGUGCGGGAAGGGAUUCAGGGACAACUCCACCCUGAUCCAGCAUCAACGCAUCCACACCACGGAGAGACCCCAUGAGUGUGAGGAGUGUGGGAAGAGCUUCAGAAGGAGCUCCCACCUGAUCAGCCACCAGAUGAUCCACAAUGGGGAGAGGCCCUACGAGUGUUCUGAGUGUGGGAAGAGCUUCAGCCGCAGCUCCAGCCUGAUCCAGCACCGGAACAUCCACACUGGGGAGAGACCCUACAAGUGUGGCCAGUGCGGGAAGAGCUUCAGCCACCAUUCCACCCUGGUCAGGCACCACAUGAUUCACACUGGGGAGAGGCCUUACGAGUGUUCCGAGUGUGGGAAGGGCUUUACGAGCAGCUCCCAUCUAUUCCUGCACUAUUGGAUUCACACAGAGGAGAGGCCCUUCUGCUGCCCCGACUGUGGAAAGGGAUUCAUGCAGAACUCCCACCUCAUCAUCCAUCAGCGCAUCCACACUGGGGAGAAGCCCUACGAGUGUCCCCAGUGUGGGAAGAGCUUCUCCAGCAGCUCUCAAUUGACGCAACACCAACGGAGGCACCGAGCAGGAGCUGAGCAUGGAGAGCAGGGAGGACAAAUGCCCGCGGCAGAACCUGGUGGAAGAGGCCGUUUUGAGCGGCUCCACGGCACAGGAAGCCAACGGGGAGGAGAAGCCCUGGAGAUGCCGCACGAGGAGGGGCUACAAACGCAGCUGGCGGGGAUCUGAGGGGGAAAGAGCCAGCCUAGGCCGGGAAGGCGGACAGAGAUGGAGCCAGAGCUCAGAGCUGGUACUCCAUGAGCAGUUCCAUGAUGGGGAGAAGGCCCAUCCAUGCCGGCUGAUCCUGCACCAGAGGACCCACACUGGGGAGAGGCUGUACAACUGUGGGGAGUGUGGGAAGAGGUUUCUGACCAGCUCCAAUCUCCUCCAGCACUAUUGGAUUCACACAGAGGAGAGGCCCUUCCAAUGCCCUGAGUGCGGGAAGGGAGUCAGGGACAACUCCGCCCUCAUGAAGCACCGGCGCAUCCACACUGGGGAGAGGCCCUACGAGUGUGAUAGAUGCAGAAAGAGGUUUCAGACCAGCCUCCAUCUCCUCCAGCACUAUUGGAUUCACACAGAGGAGAGGCCCUUCCAAUGCCCCGACUGUGGGAAGGGAUUCAGGGACAACUGCACCCUCAUCAGACACCGGCGCAUCCACACUGGGGAGAGGCCCUACGAGUGUCCCCAGUGUGGGAAGAGCUUCUCACAGCGCUCUCACUUGAACAAACACCAACGGAGGCACCACUGAGGGAAGCCCUGUGAGUGCCCCAAGUGUGGGAAGAGCUUGGUGCGCUGCUCCAGCUCCAUCCCCCACUGGAGGAGGCACUUUGGGCACAGCCCUGGUCACUCACAUUCCCUGUGAUCCAUGUUGGCAACACACCUGGCUGCUUCUCGUUUUGGUUUGACCUUAAUUUUCUUCUGCUUCAUCUUCAUCCCUUAAAAACAGCCAAAUCAGGGUUAGAUGAAGUAAAUUGAUCAAAGAUAGCUAAAGUUCCAGAAUUUCAGAGGUUUUAAAGGGGAAUUGAUGGUUUGGGGACAAUAUUCUGUAGGAUUUGUGCAGUCUGUGAGGGGAGAUUUUGCACAGUGUUCUCCAUCUGUUUGCACUCCAAAAGCCAAGAGGGUCACCUCAAAACAGCUGAAUCCGAUUCCAAACAACUGAAUUUAAGUCAUACAGGCUUAAUCUGACUUCAUAAUGACUUGUUCCCACACUAAAACACUCAAUUCCAUGCCAAACUCACUCCAUUCUACAACCACCAGAGUGAGAUGGGGUUGGAGGAGACUGGGAGAAGUGGGAUCUCAAUUUGAAGUGGUGGGGAUGGGGA